AUGAGUGGAUGCUGUAGCAAUGCGAAUUGUGUUCACGAAGUGAUGCCGAACAACGGAGUUAUCACAGGCGCAGCUGCAGUUACAUCACGUCCGGACUGCAUGCCAGCAAUGUCACCGACCGAUAAACAGCUCUUCGUUGACACGAAUCUGGCGAACGAAGAAGUCUGCAUUCGGGUCGAUAAACAACCACUGAUGGCCGGUGGUGCUCCAUGCGUUAUGACAGCCAAUGCCAGAGAUGCGCCACGCAGUUUUCCAAAUGUAUCAAUUGCUGAUCACACUUUUUUAAUUCAUACAAUGAGUUGUUUCGAAUUCUGA